AUCAUACAUUUACUGGAACAAAUUUAAUUGGAAUUUUAAACCCAUAACAAAAUUGAUGUCCUCGUGACAUCUGCAAUCGUUGCGCAUUUCCGUGUGUGUCUGUAAACGCCUCCUCACGUCACUUCCUGAUGUCAAUAUGCAGCUAUGUUCAGCGGUGGUAUCAUAGCCACCGGAAAAAUGUAAUGGAAGAAUGAGAUUAAAAUCAAGCACAACAAGGAGAUAGGAAGGAGUCGUUCUAGCAACAACUGUGUCCCUCUCAUAUUUCCACGGAGCUUGAAAACCAGGCCGGUCGYAUUCAAAUACGACCAGAAGUGGACUAGUGGUACGGACCUGUUUCGAGCAGUAGCCAUCUUUUUGAGAAUGGACGGGGCGAUACGGCGGCCGGCCUGCAUCCUGAGCCUGACUAGCGGGCUGGUGGAGGUUGGUGGCCGGGCCUCGAUGCUCCAAACMCUGCUCAUUUUCUCCGCUUUCGGGCUUCUCCUUGGACUGCCCGCUAUCACCGAUGCGAAAGAAUGCGACAAACCGUGCAUGAAUGGGCAAUGCAACGCGUCUACGGGCAACUGUGUGUGCAGCCCCGGCUGGGUCGGGGACCAAUGCCAACACUGCGGAGGAAGGUUCAGGCUGACGGGUCCCUCAGGGUUCCUGACAGACGGACCAGGGAACUACAAGUACAAGACCAAGUGCACCUGGCUCAUUGAGGGAACGCCCAACAGCAUCCUCAGACUGAGGUUGGACCACUUUGCUACAGAGUGCAGCUGGGACCACCUGUAUGUGUACGAUGGUGACUCUAUCUACACCCCUCUACUGGCUGCCUUCAGGUGGGUACAGGGAGGAUGA